AUGGCGUUGUUUGGGGAGGAUAAAAUCACCGAGUUGCAGGCGUUCGUCACACUCGCGCGCAACGACCCCAGCAUACUGCACAGGCCGGAGUUGGCUUUUUUCAAGGACUAUUUGAUUUCUCUUGGCGCCAAACUACCGGAUCCGCCAGCAGAGGAGCCGGAGGCACCGGAAUCUGAGGAAGAGCCGUUUGAGCCAGAGUCGCUGAACGAUGAGGAAGUCGUCGCACCCGAGUCUACACCUGCUCCACCGCUAGCGCCUACCGGGGAGAAGGAGCUAACUGACGAAGACUACGAAAAACUUGCCAAAGCUAAGGAAGCAGCAACAGAAGCAGCUGAAGCAGGCGAUCUCAACAAGGCAGUUGAGUCCUACACAGAAGCACUGCUUAUUGGCAACCCCACUGCAUUGCUAUACACACGCAGAGCGGACAUACUGCUAAAACAGAAAAGAUAUGCUGCCGCAGCUAGGGAUUGUUUUGGGUUGUAUUACUUCAGGUACCUUGGCAAUUGGAAGCAAGCACACAGUGAUAUAGAGAUGGGACAAAAGAUUGACUACGACGAGAACAUCUGGGAUAUUCAGAAACUCGUAGAGCAAAAGUACAAGAUAAUAGAAGAGCAUGAAAGAUCUUCUCAGCGAAAGAAAGAAGAAAGGGAAAGAAAGGAGCGGGAGCGGCGGGCAAGAGAACAGCGCGCCAACGCGCAGAGGGCGUACGAAGAGCAGAAGAAGCGCGAAGCGAGUACGGCAAUUUCAGCAGUGGAAUGCCUGGCGGAAUGCCGGGGGGAAUGCCAGGUGGAAUGCCUGGGGGAAUGCCAGGUGGAAUGCCUGGAGGCAUGCCCGGUGGAAUGCCAGGAGGCAUGCCAGGUGGGAUGCCAGGAGGCAUGCCAGGUGGAAUGCCGGGAGGAAUGGGAGGCGGAAUGCCGGGAGGAUUGGGAGAUGAUGGCGGCGUUUCAGGACAUUUUGACAAACCCUGGUAACAUGGCAAAGUACAAGGAUGAUCCGGAUGUCGCAGAAGCCAUUUCUAAGCUAACUCGCAAAUUUGGUGGAGGCAUGCCAGGUGGCUUCAACGUUCCACACUGA